AUGACCGUUGAAGGCCGCGCCGCCUAAUUGGCCGCUCCGCUCUGACUGCGCGCGCGAUCGCCUGGGAACCGAGACAGAAACAGUGGCGUUGUAGAAAUCUGUGCGCGUACGCGUGUUUUUCGCGCGCCAAUGCGCCCGCGACCGUAAUAUUCGAUCAAAUAGAAAUUCCCGUUCACGUCAACAAUAAUGGCUGUCUUUCAAUGCGAAUUUAUUGAUAUUUUCGAGUUCUUUUGCAAUGAUUAGCUAGAUCGUGCAGGAGACAGGCUCGACAAUCCGCAUUUCGAAAUGUCCACGCACAUACUGUGAACGCGGUUUGCGAGUUCGGUUGAGUGUAUUUAUGUUUCUGUUUGUGAUUACGUGAAUUGUGUAGUGCAGUGUGCCCACUGGCCAGAAUGGAAGCGUUGACCUCGGCGAUUGUAUCGCCUGAGAGGACUCCGACCGGCGAGUGUAAACCAAAAGUGGAAUAAGGAAUGCAGUGAUGGAAUUUAUAACUAAUCUUGGUACGUUAAAGAUAGUGAAAAUGAUCGUGCUUUCCAAUAUAUUCCGUGGAAGCCACCCGCCGCGGCAGCUGCCCAGUGAACUGACUGAAAAAAGUGCGAAAGAGAAACAGUCUGAUCUAGUGUCACAAAGUUCGUUACGAUACAAACAACGGACGAAAACUCACGACAACAUCAACCAAACUCUGAGAAAUGAACAUGAGUCGAAUACUUCGGUUAGUGAUAAAAGACUUUCGAACAGUGUGGACGCCAUAAUUACACACAAAGAUGCCAAAAGUAAAGUGAUAUGUAGUGCCAAAGGUUUAUUAGAAACAAAUUUAGAUGAUUUAUUUAACGAUGUACAGAAGAUUGACGGUUGGGCGGUUGAACCAAAGAGUUUGGGUGCAAGUGAGCCGACUUUAAGCUUUAAUGAGAAUGCGAGGGCUGUUAGUAAGCGGGAAUCUCUAGUGUCAGACAAUGAUACUGAUGGUGAUACGGCGACUGACAGCGAUUGUAUGGAUGAUGCGGUCCGCGUGCAGCGGAAAUGUAUGGGCGCGCGGCGUUUUGGACACAUGCUUAGAAGAGUUUUGUCUCGAAAUGUGUUCCCCAAUGUUCCGGCGGCGCCCGGGAUGCCCUGCGCGGGGGAGGACCGCAGCAUCUACAGGCGCGGCGCUCGCCGGUGGCGGAAACUUUACAGAGUUAAUGGACACAUAUUUCAAGCCAAACGCUUUAAUAGACGAGCCUUUUGUGCCUUCUGUCAAGACCGCAUCUGGGGCCUUGGGCGACAGGGCUUUAAGUGCAUCCAGUGCAAGCUGCUCGUGCAUAAAAAGUGUCACAAGCUUGUACAGAAACCUUGCUCCAACGAGCACGUCGAUCCAAUCGAAGUCAAAGACGAUGCGAAUGGAGAAAGUACACUCGGCAGAGCUUCCUCUGUUAGUUCUCGCGCGGAACCCGAGCCGCCAUUGCCGGAGACGCCGCCGGCGCCCCCGGCCCCCGUCCGCAACGAGGACUUAGAGCCCGGCUCGCAACGACAGUACUCGUUGGACGACUUUGAACUCAUCAGAGUUAUAGGUCGCGGCUCAUAUGCCAAGGUGCUAAUGGUAGAACUAAGGAGAACGAAACGCGUGUACGCGAUGAAGGUGAUAAAGAAGGCGCUAGUGACAGAUGACGAGGACAUAGACUGGGUGCAGACUGAGAAGCACGUGUUCGAAACCGCUUCCAACCAUCCCUUCCUGGUGGGGCUACACUCCUGCUUCCAAACGCCCAGUAGACUGUUCUUCGUUAUUGAGUUUGUGCGUGGCGGAGAUCUUAUGUUCCACAUGCAGCGGCAGCGGCGGUUGCCGGAGGAGCACGCGCGGUUCUACGCGGCGGAGAUCUCCCUGGCGCUGCACUUCCUGCACGAGCGCGGCGUCAUCUACCGCGACCUCAAGCUCGACAACGUGCUGCUCGACCACGAGGGGCACAUCAAGCUCACCGACUACGGCAUGUGCAAGGAGGGCGUCCGGCCCGGCGACACGACGUCGACGUUCUGCGGCACGCCCAACUACAUCGCGCCGGAGAUCCUGCGCGGGGAGGAGUACGGCUUCUCCGUGGACUGGUGGGCGCUCGGCGUGCUCACGUACGAGAUGCUAGCGGGCAGGUCGCCCUUCGACAUCGCGCACGCGGCCGACAACCCGGACCAGAACACUGAGGACUAUCUGUUCCAGGUGAUCCUAGAGAAAACGAUCCGAAUCCCUCGCUCGUUAUCAGUGAAGGCCGCGUCAGUGCUGAAGGGCUUCCUUAACAAGAACCCCGCGGAGAGGCUCGGCUGCAGCGAGAACGGGUUCCUGGACAUUGUCAACCAUCCCUUCUUCAAGAGCAUCGACUGGGAGAUGUUGGAGCAAAAGCAAGUGGUGCCGCCAUUCAAGCCGCGGCUGGAGGGCGAACGUGACCUCGCGAACUUCCCGCCAGAGUUCACCGACGAACCAGUGCAUUUGACGCCCGACAACGACACUGUAAUCGCGGACAUCGACCAGUCGGAGUUCGAAGGCUUCGAGUACGUGAACCCGCUGCUCAUGUCGCUGGAGGACUGCGUGUGACAGCACGCCUGCCGCCUGCACUCGCACCAUCUACACCCGCAGGCAUACGGGUACGCGCCGGACUCGUCGUCGUCGGACUACGACUCGGUGUGCUCGGAGCUGCCGCGCAAGCCCACGCUGCUGCAGCACAUGUUCUGCCUGCCGCUCAACUGACGCUGACGCACACCUAGCACCUAGCACUAGGCUACACGACGCUACACUACACACUAGACUACACUUACACAUCACACACAACACUACACUUACACACAACACACAGGCGCUGUCCUAAUUGAACGACAGUGUCUCAGACCGAAUGAAUCGACGCUAAUAAUUCCGUCUCCCUCGCACAUUAUACACAGGUACAAUGUGUAAGUGAGAUCGAAUGAUUAACUCCGCUCGUUUCGAUUCGUUUCUUUAUCGGCAUACGUUUUAGACCCUGUGUUAUAAGACAUACCUACUACUGAAAUUCCUUAGCGCUUAAUUCCACGCGCUUAAACGAAUUUCUUACUGUUACAUACCGAAAAGAAAUGUUAGGAAAGAGCCACAUCUGCGCAAUUCAAACGCCCUUAGAUUUAUUCCUGGUCUAAAGCACCUAAAAAGUCGUUCACUUGACGCUCUACAGGUUUAUGAGUUAUGACAUAUUAGUCAUAUGCAAAGUGAAUGCUUAAACCUCGUAAACUAUAUCUGAUGUGACUAAAGGAACAGUUCACGACAAUUAGGGAACUUCUAACAAAACGUCGAGGCUUCGUUGUCAUGGGCAGUUGUCUGAUAUUUGACGCAGGUAGCCCUAAAGUAGCCUUAUUUUUCUUUGACUUUACGUUACCAUAGCCUGAUUUUUGACCUAUCGUCGAUUCAGGAUCAAACCGAGAGUUCCCCUCACUCUAGUUCACUCUGCUAAAGGUUUAAACCGCCUCGUAACGUAUAAAUAUAAUGACGACCGCAUUUUAGCGAAAGUAAUCUGUCAGAAAACUUUCUGUCGCACUUACUCUGCAAACAUCAGAAGCUUACGUCUGAUCUGGCAAAAUUCUGUCAGUGUGCGGCAUUUCUGUGAGGCAUAGUACAAAAUGUAUGAGCAGAGUGCCUUCAGGCAUUUAGAAUUUUUUCUGAUGGACAAUAACUUCUGACAGUAACAUAUGACCGUUAUCUGUUUUAACGUUGUUCACAUAGGUCUGCGUCCCACACACAUACACACACACUCACACAGUACACACACAGUAACUAUCGACAUGAAAGGCCGCAAAAGUGACGUACGAGUAUAUUAUGUAAGUGAUAUUUUAUUGUCUAUUUAUCAUUCCUUGUAAAGUAUUAUUUUUGAUAAUUGUACGUUGUAUAAAGUGGUUAGAGAUAUUCUUAAUUAAAAUUGCUCCCUUCACCAAAACUUAGUUAUCGGAGGUAAAAUUUUAAUUUGGAAUCUCUGUGUCGAUGGUUAGUUACUAUACAAAAUUUGCACCGCAUUGCAUUUAAGUCUACUGUCUAACUAGAACGGUUAAUAUUAUGACUCACAUAAUUUACAUAUUUAAAAACCACAAAUAAUAAUUAUGUAUAUGUACGUCAAAUAUUUUUUCUAUUAUUAUUCGAAUAAUGUUAUUACAAAUUAAAGUGUAUUCGUAAAAAAAAAUAUUGUGUAGACUUAUUUUGAUUGUAAUAAUCUAUUAAAAAAACUAUUUGUUUGUAUGAGUUUCGAUUGUGAAUUAUUGGUGUUUAAAUUCAAGUAUACCAUAACUAAUUAAACUAAAUAUAUAUAAAUAGUCCAUCUGGUUCUUUUUCAUUAACUUUUUGUUUUUGUUUUUGGUGCUUAACUUUUUAUUUUUGUCAAAUAAAUCGAUCUUUUAGAGGCAUUUUUUUACAUAAAAUCAAAAAAUUUAAUCUU